AUGGAGCGUCAUCAUUUAAGUCAUGUGGCUAUUGUGGCAGUGUUCAUCUUGAUGACGUUCCAAGCUUCUUCGUACGAAAUGUUUAAGUUAAAAGUUCCGAAUGGAGGCAACGUUCCAGGCGCAAACGCUAUUGGUCACGACCGUGUGGGUGGUGGACCCAAAAAUGACUUUGGGCUGGACUUCAGUGAGGCCAUGUUUAUCUGGACCAAUUCGUUUUGCAACAAGGACUCGGAUGGAGAUGGUCAGACCAAUGGUCAGGAGCUAGGAGAUCCAUGCUGUGAAUUUGUCUUUAGAAAGAAUGCUAUUGUGCGCUGGACCGAAGGGGUAUCCCAUCCUGGAGAUGCUACGUUGAUGUCAGACCCAAAGCUUUGGGAAGGUAUAGUCUGUGAAACUCAAACAAAUAAGUCAACGGUUGUUACACUUACAAAUACUAUCGACUCUGAGCAUAAAAGCACAAAAGCUGGAGCAGUAGAGGAAGAAAUUGCGGAACCAGAAGCUGCAAAGAAGCAUGUUGAAUCAGUGCAGGACGAUAUUCAUGUUCAAACUAAAGAUUUGACAGCUGGAGUACCGACAAUGCAUAGAUCUGUAAUACUCUCGGUUGUCAUGCUCACAGUUAUGGCGAUCUACUUCUUAGUGACGCGGGCUGGUCGACGCUCACUCAACAACGUAGCAAUUCACGGCUCAGUUAUUACGCGACUUUCCAACGAGUACAAAAACCGCUACCACACGCCUGUCAAAGCUUCUCUAAGGUCGAACGACAAAGACGAGCUACGUGACCAGCUGGCAGAACGCAAAGUGUACUGUAUUACUUCCUGUCAACAAGGUUUGACACCCAUCGUCACAGCCACCAGGCUUCAAUUUGCAGUCUUUGGACCAUGUACAGCGUUCCCAAGAUUGUAA